CCGGCACGGGCACCGGGCCAGCCUACUCGUACCGUACCAGAGAGAACGGGACACCGGCACGCCGCGCCUCGCUCUCAGCCGAUGUAGCCGCCGUCUUCUUCCAGGGCGGUGCUCUGAAAAUCUGAAUUCUUAACGAGUUCUCGCGCGCCGUUGCCGUGCGUGCAGAUCCAGGUCCUGGGGCACCGGACCGUGGACCACUACUCCGCUCCUGUCUCCCAGGCAGGUGAAGCCUCGGCACGAGCGCACCAGGUCCACCACGUCGUCCACGUACUCGCCGCCACUCGUCUCCCAGCAGCCUCAGGACGCAGGCCAACGGGUGCGUGACGGAGCAGGACGCGGUGGCGCAGCCGGAGGAGAGCGUCGUCGUCCGGCCGCCGCCGACGACGACGGACAUGCGGGAGCGCGUGCGGCUCCUGGAGCGGGAGGCGGCGGCGGCCAAGCAGAGGGAGAUGAAGGUGCUGGAGUCGCUGGUCCAGCAGACCAAGGAGAUGGAGCGGGCCAAGGUGGCGUUCGAGGAGUCCCGGCUCGAGGUCGCCGCGCUGCGGCGGCAGCAGCAUGACGAGGGCGCCGCGGCGCAGGCGCAGGCGCAGCAGUGGAGCGUCAUGGACCUCAUGUUCGGCGGCGUGGACGAGGAGAUCAACGGGCUGAGGACCAAGCUCCGCGCGGCGGCGCAGGCCGAGGAGCGGGGCCGGAAGGCAGCCGACGAGCUCGCCGCGGCGCUGGCCGCGGUCACCAUGGAGGCGAAGCAGCUCAAGGCCUGGCUCGCCGACGCGCAGGCCGAGCUGGAGGCCGCCGGCGCCGAGUCGGACCGCCUGCGCGGCCUGCUCCAGGGCGCCGAGGCGGAGCUGUGGUCCGCCACGGAGCGCGCCGACGCGCUCGCCUCCGACUGGAAGGAGGCCGCGGCCGGCUGGCGCGCCAGGGAGAAGGCGCUGCUGGCGCGCGCGCGCGCCGCCGAGAAGGACGACGACAACGCCGCCCUGCGCCGCGCGCUGGAGCGGGCGGCCGAGGAGGCCCGCGCGUCCGCCGAGGCGCUCGAGGCCGCGCGCGCCGACUGCGCCGGCCUGCGGGAGGCCGGCGCCGAGAGGGAGCAAGCCCUGGAGGCCCUGCGGCGCGACAACGACGGCCUCAGGGACAGCGAGGCCGCGGCCAGGGAGCGCGCCGACGAGCUCCAGGCGCGGCUCGCGGCGGCGAAAGAGCGGGAGGUUCCGCUUCCGCUGGUGGAGAGGUGGAAGCGCGAGGACGCGCAGGGCAAGCUGGGCGCGACGGCGUUCCUGGACUCCGGAAGGCUGGGCCCGGGCCCGGGCCGGAAGGAUCGGAUGUUCGCGUCGCUGAGCAACCUCGCGGAGCUCAAGUCGGCGGCGGCCUUGGACGACUACGGCUACGAGUUCGACCACCUUAACCUGGGCCAGUACGGCGACGGCACGGAGCGCAAGGUCAAUAAGAGGCGGUCCAUCCUGCGCAAGUUCGGGGAUCUCUUCAGGAGGAGCAGGAGCCUCUACAAGCCCAACCUCGCGCCGGUGCUGCACAACCACUACUAGACAGGGCAGGGCCUUAGAUGCUCGAUCGCGAGGUCGACGAUGCUUGCGUUGCUUGCAUAGGCAUUAGAGGGAGUCAGGGAGUGCAGAUCGUUGUAGCGGGAGAUUAUAUUGUUGUUCAUAUGCUCCGCAUGGAUCAGUAUCAUGGUCAUCGGUGCACUUGAGUAGUGCCACGCACUGGAUCAGCGUUGACCAGCAGUUAUUACAGAUACGAUUUAAGCGACCAGAAGGAAGCAGUUAGUGGUCGGAUAAGCUGUCAGAUCUGGUGUUGUCCCUAGCUGUAAGCAGUUACUACAAAGAAAGUCUGCUGUGCCAACAGUUGGGCUUCUGUAGAGACUAGAGAGGCUUGGGACCUUGUUCAUUUGUGACAACAGUUGGGCUUCUGCACAUUCUAUUGGGGCUGACUUUAGUCCAUUUGUGCUGA